ACCUGCCUUACAGACUCGAGGAAGAAGAAGAGCACUACCUUUGGCUAGCGAUAACGACUAGUUGCUAACCUUUAUACUGUGAGUCUUGAUAAAGCAUUAGAGUGAGAAUUGAUCCUCGGCACAGACUCGAUAGCCGCUGCCGGCGGGUCAUGCAGCUUUUUAAAAGGUAAUGAGCCGCAAAGCCCCGGGGUCUCGGCUCAGCGGCGCCCACAAACUGCAGCCACAGUGGAAUGACUGGGAGGCCAGAGUUGACGGCGUGUCAUCCAGCCAGGACAGAGUGAAAUCCAGGGAGCUCGUGUCAGGAGCUGUGUGUGACGUUGUCGCCUCCUCUAACUGCCCCGAACAGCCAGCAGUGGACAGUGAUGCCUACGCUGCUGCAGAUCAACACCAGGAAGAGGGUGGAUAUGAUGCUGGCCAAGGUGUCUGUGAUAAUGCUUUUGGUUGGAAGUCGCUGGGGCAAGAGUUGAGGCCCAAUGACGUGACGACGGAUUUGACUGCUUUUCAGCAUGGAAACCGUGCUUUAGCUGCCAAGGACAUGAGGAAAUCACAGGACAGAGGGACUCACUCAGAGGAGUCUCGACUGGCCAACCUCCUGCGCCGUGUCUCCAGGGAGGAUGAUCGCGACCGCAGGCUGGCCACUCUCAAACAGCUGAAGGAAAUCAUCAGCCACGGAGAGAUCAAAGUGACUCUGGUCAAACAGUUGGACAACAUCCUCAACAUCUUGAAUGACAUUUUAAAUGAGAGCAGUAAGCUGCUGUGGGAGUUGCGUCAGGAUGCUGCAGCCUGCCUGGGAAUCCUGUGCACGGUGCUCAGCUACGAGGCCGAGCGUAUCUUCGACUGGCUUUUUGUCAAGUUCACCUCCAGCAGUCGAGACGAGGUGAAGCUGCUGUACCUGAUCGCAGCACAGAGGGCGCUGGAGGCUGCAGGAGAGAGGAAGGCCUUCUCCCAUGUCAUGCAGCUGGUGAUGAGUAACCUGCAGUCCAUCCUGGAGAACGUGGACACACCGGAGCUGCUGUGUCAGAGUGUGAAGUGCAUCCUCCAGGUGGCUCGUAGCUACCCUCACGUGUUCAGCACCAACUUCAGGGACACAGUGGACAUCCUGGUGGGCUGGCACAUCGACCACACACAGAAACACACACUCACACAGCAAGUCUCAGGAUGGCUACAGAGUCUGGAGCAGUUCUGGGUGGCAGACCUGACCUUCUCCACCACCCUGCUGGGUCAGUUCCUGGAGGACAUGGAGGCGUAUGCUGAGGAUCUGGGCCACGUGGAGGGGAGUGAGGCUCUGGAUGAGGACAUCCCCCCUCCCUCGGUGUCUCUGCCUAAACUGGCAGCUCUGCUGAGAGUGUUCAGUACGGUGGUCCGCAGCAUUGGAGAGCGCUUCAGCCCCUUCAGGGGUCCCCCCAUUACUGAAGCCUACGUUAAUGAUGUUCUAAACCGGGUCUUGGCCUGUGUGAGCAUGGCGAAGCAGGUCCAGUUCUCAGAGACUGUUCUGACGGCGGGGAACGAGAGUGUGGGUGUGUUGCUGGCCAGUGUGGAGCCCUGUGGUCAGCUGAUGGAGGCUGUUCUAGCCUAUGGCCUGGACCAGCUGGAGUGCUGUCAGGCCUGUGGCACCGACUACAGUCUGGCUGUGCUGAGUCUCCUCACCCUGAUUGUGGAUCAGGUCAAUACAAAACUGCCUAUUUUCUUCGUGGAGAAAUUGUUGGCGCCUGAGUCCAAACUGCUGCAGCUGCGCUUCCACAGAGAGAAAGAGGUGAUGACGGCCGUACACAGUGUGUACCAGGCGCUGCUGAGCCUGAAGAACAUUCCCACCCUGGAGGCAGCUUAUAAAAUGGUGUUGGGUGAGAUGGUCUGUGCCCUGUCCAGCCUCGUGUCCAGCCUGGAGUCCGCCGACGCUGCCCAGUCUCCAGACGGGCCGUGCCCCGGCAUCCAGCACCCUGCUUUUGCUUCCAUUCUUCUGCCUGUGGAAAAGGCCCAGUUCACCCUCAUCUUCAACCUCAGCACCCUCACCACCAUCGGCAACACCAAGAACUCUCUGAUCGGGAUGUGGGCUCUGUCGCCCACCGUCUUCACUCUCCUCAGUCAGAACCUGAAGCUGGUUCACUCAGAGUUGGCUGCGAUCUAUCCUGCUGUCCAGUACGCAGUUCUCUACACGCUGUUUUCACAUUGCACCAGACAUGACCAUUUCAUCUCAUCCAGCCUGUCGUCAUCUUCCCCCUCACUCUUCGACGGCGCCGUUAUAAGCACAGUUAACCACGCCCACCCAGAAAUGAGGGAGAUUUCAUUGGCUGUUCGUCACCACAUGAGCCAAGCGCCGAGCAGCACAUUCCACCCUCAAGACUUCAGUGACCUCAUCAGCUUCAUUUUAUAUGGAGCUCUGCACAGAGGAGGGAAAGAUCCCUGGAUGGAGCGUCUCUACUACAGCUGCCAGCGCCUGGAGAGGAGGGACGUCAGGGGAGGUGACGGCAGCCGGCCCAGUGUGGUGCCACGGGCGUUGUUGAAAAGUGAGGUGGUGCUGUGGCAGUGGGCUGUGUGGGAGGCUGCACAGUUCACCGUCCUGUCCAAACUGCGAACACCACUGGGUCGCGCCCAGGACACAUUUCAGACCAUUGAAGGUAUGAUUCGUAGUCUGGCUGCCCACAGUCUGAACCCAGAACAGGAGCUGGGAGCCUGGGCUGGUGCUGGAAGUGAUGGGGACGGUCACCACUCCAACCAGCUCCGCCUGGUUCUGCUGCUGCAGUUCUUGGAGAACCUGGAGAAGCUCAUGUACAACGCCUACGAGGGCUGUGCCAACGCCCUGACCGCACCGCCGAAGGGCAUCAGGACCUUCUUCUACACCAACAGACAGACGUGCCAAGACUGGCUGACCAGGAUCCGCCUGGCUCUGAUGCGGGUCGGUCUUCUCUCGGGUCAGCCCGCGGUCACCAUUCGUCACGGUUUCGAUCUGCUCACGGAGAUCAAAAACAGUAACACACAGGGCCCAGAGGUGGAGGUUCCUCUGAUGCUGUUAGCAGAGGCUCUGUGUGAGCUCCACUGUCCUGAGGCCAUCCAGGGUCUCACCGCCUGGAGCUUCUCCACCACCGGCAAGAGUCUGGGCUGGCUGUCGUCAGUGGCUCUGCAGGCUGAAGGACGGUUUGAGAAGGCCGCACUUGAGUAUCAGGAUCAGCUCUCCGCAGCCACAGGCAUGGACUGCAGCUUGAAAAACUCCGACAGCUGCCUGCUCAAACUUUCCAACAACACCAGCAGCCCCAAACACCGCAAUAAUGGUGACAGCAGGAAGACCGUGCUGCUCAAGUCCAGCGAGUGUUCCCCUGAGGUCAUCAACUUCCUGGCCAACAAGGUGUGUCAGUGCUACGUGGCGCUCUCUGAUUGGGCCUCAGUGAAGGAGUGGCAGGCCACCGUCCACGGCUUGAAGCAGAAUUCCAGCAGUCCAGUCAACAUCAACCUGAGGACGGACUUCAACUUCAUCCAGGCGCUGAGUUGCUUCGAGGAGGGCGACAUGGCCGAGUGUGGCGCUCAGCUGGAGCUUCUGCCCGGAGAGGACUACAGCUCUCUGACCAACAAAGACAAACUGGAUCUGAAGCGACUGCUGCCCUCCCUGAGUCCUGAUCCAACCGAGCUCCACAGAGCCAUCGAGGUGCAGCUCCUUCGAACUGCCGUCAGUGCAAUGGACAAGGCCAGUCAACAACAGGAGCAGAGGAGCACAGCCAGUCCAGACACGUUGGUGCGCUGUCUCAAGCAAACUGGACGUAUCUGCCUGGGUCCUCUUCGUCUGUCCACCCUCACACUGUCUGAUGGCCUGCCCACUCUGUCCACGCUGCAGCUUCACUGCACUGCCACCUUAGAGAACACACUCACUGGUCAAGAGGACUGUGUGAUUCCUCUGUGCAGUGAUGUUUUGAGCUCGUGUAAACGGCAGGACGUUCAGCCGUUCCUCCAGGCCCUCAGAUACACCAUGUUCCAGAGACAACUCCUCCACAAACUCAAAGGCUACUCCUCAUCCUUAGACGGUCAUCUGGUGGAACUGUGUCUGACUGCAGUCAAAUUUGCCAGGAAGAAAGGAAACAUCGGCCUGGCCUCCCGACUUCUGAGUCAGUGCAGCGGCGGGACGCACGAGGAGAAAGGAGACGAUACGCAGGACGAUCUGAGCAACACCUUCAGGCGUCUCUCUCUGGAAGGCACCUUGGCAGAGAAAUGGGGAUCGGAGCUGCAGAUAGAAAAGGCCAAAGUCCUUCGAAACGCAGGUCAGUCCAUGACGGCCAUGGAGAUGCUGAGCGGUGCCGCUCUGUCCUACUGUCGCGUGGAGAAGAACGAAGGCGCUGCCUGUCGCUCGCUGCUGACUCUCUGCAAAUGGCUGCUGGCCGACUGGAAGGACAUGACGCCAGUGCUGAAACAGGUGAUGAAGAAAUCAGGAACAGUCAACUCGUCCACUUCUGUGAGCAGCAUGUCACCUCUGAGCCGCAAUGUGGCAGCACUGUUAGAGCUCCCCCUGGAGGAGCAGCCUCACAUCAUUACUGAGACCUCAGUCAGUGUUGGUGUUGGAGAGCCAGACUUUGUGUUGGGUCAACUGUACCAGCUCUCCACCAGUCUGGCUCCAGAGGUGGCCAAGUCCUGGGCCGCCCUGGCCAGCUGGGCUUACCGCUGGGGCAGGAAGGUGGUGGACAACGCCAGUCAGGGGGAAGGACUGCCCCUCCUUCCUGCAGAGAAAAGAGAAGUGGAGGAGUUGUUACCAGAAACGACCAGUGAAGAGGACAAGGAGACUAUUUUUAGCAUCCUGGGACAGGCCAUGUGUCGGCCUACUGGAAUACAGGAUGAAGACAUGGCUCUGCAGCAGGAGGACGACGAGGACGACAUGGUGGACGUCAUCUGGCGACAACUCACCGCUUCCUGCCCCUGGCUGGUGGAGGCGGACCAGCCUGUCACUGACGGCCUGAUUCAAGUCUGGAGACGGGUGGUGGAUCGCAUCUUUGGUCUGUACCGCGUCUCGUGCCAAGCCUAUUUUACCUUCCUCAAGUUGAACGCAGGACAGGUCCCAAUAGACGAAGACGACCCGAAGCUUCUGCUGUCCUGUCACAACAGCAAACAGAGCAAUGAUGACGUCAUAGUCAUGGCCACGCUGCGCCUCCUUCGUCUGCUGGUGAAACACGCUGGAGAACUCCGGGAAGGUCUGGAGCUGGGCUUGGCCUCCACCCCAACAGCACCCUGGAGAGGCAUCAUUCCACAGCUCUUCUCCCGUCUCAACCAUCCGGAGGCCUACAUCCGACAGAGCAUUUGCAGCCUGCUGUGCCGAGUGGCCCAGGACUCCCCUCAUCUGAUCCUCUACCCGGCCAUUGUGGGCUCCCUCUCUCUAGGAGGGGAGGCUCAGAGUGCAGGAAAUAAGUUGCCCUCAGCUCUGCCCACCUUCCUGGGCAGCAUGCAGGGAGAAGGUCUGGAUGUGGAGGAGGAGGAGGAGCGGUCAGAGGGUGUUGGGCAAGAAGGAGGUCCAGAUGAGUUGACGGCCAUUUGCUCAAGUCAGGACCAGGCCAUGAUGCAGGACUGCUACAGCAAAAUCGUGGAGAAGCUCUCCUUGGCCAACCCGACCAUGGUGCUGCAGGUCCAGCAGCUGGUGGCUGAACUGCGGCGAGUGACUCUACUGUGGGAUGAACUGUGGCUGGGCGUGUUACAGCAGCAGCACAUGCACGUCCUGCGCCGAAUCCAGCAGCUGGAGGACGAGGUCAAGAGGGUCCAGAACAACAACACACUGAGAAGGGAUGAAAAGAUCGCCAUCAUGCGUGAGAAGCACUCGGCUCUGAUGCGUCCCAUGGUUUUUGCCCUGGACCACGUUCGCAGCAUCACAGCGACUCCGGCCGAGACUCCACACGAGACGUGGUUCCAGCAGACGUACGGUGAUGCCAUCACCUCCGCCCUGGAGCGUCUGAAGAACCCCGCCAACCCUGCAAACCCUGCCAGCAGCUGGCUGCCCUUCAAACAGAUCAUGAUAAGUCUGCAGCAGCGAGCUCAGAAGAGAGCCAGCUACCUUCUUCACCUGGACGAGAUCAGCCCCCGCCUGCUCUCUAUGUCGAAGACAGAGAUGGCUCUGCCAGGGGAGGUGUCGGCGUCGGACGCAGUCAACAUCCAGAGCGUAGGCAACACCAUCACCAUCCUGCCCACAAAGACCAAACCCAAGAAACUCUUCUUCCUCGGCUCGGACGGCAAGAAGUACCCAUACCUGUUCAAAGGUCUGGAGGAUCUUCAUCUGGAUGAGCGCAUCAUGCAGUUCCUGUCCAUUGUCAACACCAUGUUCACGAAGAUCAACCAGCAGGAGCAGCCCCACUUCCACGCCCGUCACUACUCCGUCACUCCUCUCGGUACACGUUCUGGUCUGAUCCAGUGGGUGGAUGGAGCUACGCCUCUGUUUGGACUCUACAAGCGCUGGCAGCAGAGGGAGGCUGUGCUCCAAGCUCAGAAGGCCCAGGACUCGUUCCAGCAGCACCCAGUGCCCCCAGUGCCACGUCCCAGUGAGCUGUACUACAGCCGCAUCGGGCCAGCGCUGAAAGCUGUCGGACUGAGUCUGGACAUAACGCGGAGGGACUGGCCUCUCGGUGUCAUGAAGGAGGUUCUGAAAGAGUUGAUGGAAUCCACGCCCUCCAACCUGCUGGCCAAGGAGCUGUGGUGUUCCUGCACCACCCCCAGCGAGUGGUGGAGAGUCACUCAGUCUUACGCCAGGUCCACGGCUGUGAUGUCCAUGGUCGGUUACAUCAUCGGCCUCGGAGACCGUCACCUGGACAAUGUCUUGAUUGACAUGACCACCGGGGAGGUGGUGCACAUUGACUACAAUGUGUGUUUUGAAAAAGGCAAGAGUCUGCGCGUUCCAGAGAAAGUUCCGUUCAGGAUGACCCACAACAUUGAGGCAGCUCUGGGGGUCAGUGGGGUGGAGGGUAUCUUCAGGCUGUCCUGUGAACAGGUGGUGCAAAUGAUGCGUCGAGGAAGGGAGACGCUGCUGACCCUGCUGGAGGCCUUUGUCUACGAUCCCCUGGUGGACUGGACGGCUGGUGGGGAGGUGGGCUUCGCCGGUGCCGUGUACGGAGGCGGCGGUCAACAAGCCGACAGCAAACAGAGCAAGAGGGAGAUGGAGAGAGACAUCACACGCUCCCUCUUCUCCUCCAGGGUGGCUGAGAUAAAGGUGAACUGGUUUAAGAACCGUGACGAGAUGCUGUCAGUGCUGCCCCAAGUGGAGGAGGCAGUAGGGGAGUACUUGGUCCUGCAGGAGCUGCUCUGUCAGGGGGAGAAGCUACAAGGCAAACUGCAGGAGGAGAUCAACUUCCUGGACGGAGCGGAGAACCAUCCGGACCACCUCAUCCUCACCCUUGAGCAAAGGUAUUCUGAACACAACCAGCUGCAGUCGCGACAGCGCACCGUGCAGGAGGCCAUUCAGAGCAAACUGGCCGAUCUGGACCAGUGGAUCUCCCAGUACCAGGCAGCCUUCACCAACCUGGAGGCCACGCAGCUGGCCAGUCUGCUGCAGGACAUCAGCAGCCCCAUAGACCUGGGUCCUCCCAGUUAUGUUCCAGCCACGGCCUUUCUGCAGAACGCCGGCCAGGCCCACCUGAUCAGCCAGUGCGAGAGCCUGGAGGCGGAGCUGAGCUCUCUGCUGCAGCAGCGCCGUGGGGCCCUUCACGGAUGUCUGGAGCAGCUGCACAGCUACGCCACGGUGGCUCUGCUCUACCCACGAGCCACCCUGCUGCUCCACCGCGUCCACCAGUGGAAGACGUGGUUGGAGGAACUGCUGAGGGACAUGACGGUGGAGCACUGUCAGCUCAUGUACAGACAGUACGAGGUGCUGUUUGCCCCUCAGGCUCCCUCGGCUCUGUGCCAGUUCCUGUCCAGUGUGGAGCUGGCGCUGCAGCACCAAGUGGCCGAAGCCAACGAAUGCGUGAUGCACCAGGCGGACAGACGGAAGACCGAGGGCACGAGUGCCGCCGACUGCGAGGAGCAGCUGCAGGAGAUCGAACGCUGCAUCACCGUCUACCUGCGGGAGAACGGAGAGCAGGGCUCGCUCAGCCUGGCCGGGAUCAUCACCUCCGCCCUCUGCACUCUCUGCAGGAGGAACCUGGUGAUGGAGGCCGCGGCAGCCAGCGCUGGAGAGAAGCUGCUGGAGUUGACGUCCCGAGACGGUGCCUGGUUCCUGGAGGAACUCUGCAGCAUGAUUGGAAACAUCAGUGCCCUGACCACGCUGCUGCAGCGCUGCCCCCUCCUGCCACAUGACCUGGAGCUGCACGCUCCUUCGGCCACGGCGCAGGCCGUGUACCUGGCCAACGCCGUGUACACCUGCCUACAGGAACUCAACAACAACUUUCGCCAGAUCAUCUUCCCAGAGGCUCUGCACUGUAUGAUUAAAGGAGAGCCCACCCUGGAGGCCAUGUUGGCGGAGCUGGAGCAGCUGGUGGAGCAGAGCUCGGACGGUCUGGGGCUUCAGGGCCUCAUCGACGGACUGCAGGCCACGUCAGCCAUGGACCACGACGGUCAAAACCACUUCUUCCACAUCUCCAGGAUGCUGCGUGCUCAGUACUCCGAGCUGAUCCAGCCUCGCAGCAUGGACAGACUCGCACAGGAAACGCCAAAGAUGUCCGCGGGUCAGAUGUUGCUGGUGGCCUUCGACGGCAUGUUCACCCAGCUGGAGACGGCCUUCGGACAACUGGCAGAAAAGCUGAGUUCUCUGGAGGUUCCCUCGGCCUGGAGGAAGGUUGACGUUCUGCGGGAGGCGGGGGCCGCUCAGCUCCACCUGUUUGACAGCCUGGCCCAGUGGCAGCUGAUGGAGGAGGUGUUCUUUCUGAAGAGACUGCAGACCAUCCAGGACUUCUUCAGGCUCUGCUCCUCCUUCUCACAGACUCUGUCUGGUUCCUGUCCCUCCUCUGAAGAACUGUUGCCCUCUAACGGCCCGGUCGUCCUGGGGAAGCCCCUGUACCAGCGACCCUCCUCAGCGGGGUCGGGUGUGGCCGUGGUGAGCGAGGAGCAGAUGACCCGGCCAAUCAGGGCCUUCACGGCGGAGUUUGUACGACAGAUGCUCAUGGGUUUGCCCAGCCAAGCCCUGGGUCUGGCCCUCUGUGCCACCAUGUCUGCCCUCGGCCUCGACGUCGUCACCCAGGUGGAGGCGAAAGACUACAGUGCAGAGAGCCAGGUGUCCCUGGAUGAGCUGUGUAAGAAGGCGGUGGAGCAGAGCCUGGCCUCAGGCCGCGUCACUCAGCUGCUGCUGAACAGAGCCACGGUUUUAGCCUCCUCCUACGACACAGCCUGGAAGAAGCUGGACCUGCUGCGGAGGCUGGACAACAACCUGGAGGCUGCGAAGGCCAGUCUGCAGAGGAGCCAGCUGCACAUGGUCAUGUUCCAGUGGCAGCAUGAAGAUGUUCUCAGCCCCAACAACCAGCCCAUCAGCCUGAGCAUCCCUCCUCGUUCCAUCAUCCUCAGCAACAUGAAGAAGAAGCUGUACAGGCUGAGUCAGGACGAGGGAGCGGUGGUGUCCAUACAGGAGAAGUUGGCGUCUCUGGAAGCCAGCAUUGAACAGCGUCUGAAGUGGGCUGGAGGAGCCAACCCAGCACUGGCUCCAGUCCUGCAGGACUUUGAGAUGACCAUCAGGGACAAACGAGGGCUGGUGGCUCGAGAGAACCAGCGCACCAGUCAGGUCACCUUCUUGUGCUCCACCAUCCUGAACUUUGAAGGCCUGCGGACUCGCUCUCCCGAGGCUCUCAACAUGGACGCUGCUCUGUUUGAGCUGCUGAAGCGCUGCCAGCAGACCUGCACCUACGCUGCUCAGUUCAACAGCGCGGUGUCUCCACUGGAGCUGCAGCUGCUGCACAGACUGAGUCCGAUGCUUGACCUACCCAUCGGCAGCUCUGAUUGGCUGAGCUGUGCCCAGAGGCUGCUGGAGGAGGAGCUGAGGGGGGCGCGUAGGAGUCAGGAGGAGCGAGAGCAGCAGCUGGAGUCCUGCGGCGAGACCCUGCAGCUCCUGGUGGACUCCAUCAAAACCAUCCUGUCCAACCACAACCGUCAGUUGGCCGACGUCAAACACCUGCUGAGAGCCAUGGCUAAGGACGAGGAGGCCGCUCUGGCGGACGGUGAAGAAGUGGCGUAUGAGGGCAGCGUGCGUCACUUCCUGUUGGAGUACAAGGCCUGGCAGGACAACGUCCAGCUGGUGCUGUUCACCAUUGUCCAGGCCAGUGGGCAGCACCGCAACCCGGAACAGCUGGGUCUGCUGGAGGAGAUCCCUGCUACGCUGAAGGAGCUGAACUCUCAGAGCCAGAGCGUCUACAACGGCCUGGUCGGGUUCGCGUCCCCGCUGGUGACGGACAGAGAGAGUGAAUGUGGAAGUCCUGUUUCUGCAGCACAGACCAGCUUUGCAGCAGCUGUGAGGUGCAGCGGGGUGAAGACGCAGCCGGACUCCAUGUCCCAGAACGCACGCAAGGGUCUGCCACGCAACUUUGGAACGCCCACUGACACCCCGCCCAGCACCCUGGUGGUCAACAGCAGAGGCCUCAACCCCAGCCCCAAGAGGGCUGUACGAGACCCCAAAACUGGACGAGCUGUUCAGGAGAGAAACUCAUACGCAGUCAGCGUGUGGAAGAGAGUGAAGGCCAAGCUGGAGGGGAGGGACAUCGACCCCAACAGGAGGUUGAGUGUGGCCGAGCAGGUGGACUUGGUCAUCAAGGAGGCCACCAACAUGGACAACCUGGCCCAGCUGUACGAGGGCUGGACCGCCUGGGUGUGAGCACCGUCUUGCUUUCAUGUCUGUGAUCCAGCAAAGGCUUGGGGAUCCACCAGAGUCCAGCGGAUCUGGGGUGUCGGAAACAGCAGCACCGGGCCACACUGGGGAGAGGAAACGGGAAGCGGAUUUCUUGGUCUGCCCUCCCGCUCUCCUGGGCACCCAGACUGGGGCGGCGAUCUCGAAGCAUCGCUGCAUCCACACUCCCCCAACCACCGGCGAUCCAGCUAACACCACGCUUAGUGGGUCUGCGGGCCCCGCCUCCCUUUUUGGGGUUUGACCGAGCAAAGCGGCGCCGGGUGGGGAGGGGGGGAAGGAAGGCGAAGGCCUCCUCCCCCUCAACUUGGUGACGCCUUCCCCCCUCACCUGCAUAGCUCACUAUCAAGUUGUUCCCAUAAUCAUCACUGUUUCCUGUCGUUGAUCCAACCGUCACCUGAGACCAGGUGGAAGCAGGAAGUGAUGAGCGUUUCCCCCCCGAAGCACACGGCCGACGGGCUGUGGGUGGGACUUCACGGGGGGGGAGGGGACACUGGGAUGAACAAUGCGUUCACGUAGCCACACUUUUUUCAUGACCUUUUCCUUGUUGUGAUUCUGAACGGCCGCAGGCGACGGGGCUGAGGAGGAAGUGAGGAGAACGGUGGUUGGACAUCAUUCUUGACUCCUUCACCCGACCCAACGUGGGGUCGGGAGAAACGGCCGCAGAAAUGAAUCUUAUUGAAACUGAACUUUACGUGAGAAGUGACGAAGGGGGUGACGUGGACUUUGUUUUUGGUCGUGUGGAUCCGGACCACAGGUUCUGUGAAGGCGGAGGAGCAGGAGGAGUGGCCUCGGUGUGACUCCUCAUCUCCACCUGCUGGAGGUGCGGGCCUGUGGUCACACGGCUGCCGGGUGGCGUCACUCCUGCCUCCUUUUACUCUCUGUUGACUUCACCUCACCUCUUCUCUCACUGCUUGUAUUUUAUUAAGUCCUGACGUUCUAGUUUUACAUUUUUAGUGGGAAUUAUUAUGUUUUUGGUGAAGGUGCAAACUGUUAAUUCUUGAAGCUUUUAGUGGAUUUUGUUGAAUGCCAAAUAAACAUGGAACUUAGA